AUGGCGCGAUGGCUGCAGCACCACGCGGCGUCGUUGGUCGCGGGUUGCAGGGUCGAGGCAGGGGCAGGGGACCUUCGUGGUGGUGGCCUCGGCGACGGUGCCGGGUGGGAGGGCAACGGGGGAGGCCAAGGAUCCGCUCAUGCAGGUGCUCCAGGCGCGCCGCCGUCGGACUCCAUACAGAUUGAGAUUGGGCCCAUCGACGCCCUCGCCGACGAGCUCCUCUUCCUCAUCCUCGACUGCGUCGCCGCUACCGCCCCGCGCGCUGCAACGACGUUGUGCGACCUGGGGUGUCUGCUAGCCAGCGGUAGGGCCGGCGGGAGUGCAGCAGAGGGAGGGCGAUGGUGGGGGCGGCGGGAGCCGGGCGGGAGGGAGGCAGGCGGCGGGGGCUGGGCGGGAGGCCAAUGGCGGGGGCGGCGGAGGGACGCCGGCGGGGGUCAGGUGGGAGGGAGGCUGGCGGCGACGGUGGCGGGCGGAAGGACCACUGGGUGCAGGGCGGGUGGGAGAGAGGGUAACAAAUGA